UUUUAUCACAGUUGGUAUCUGUUAUCAACUAUUUUUUUUUACUGUGACAAUAAUUGAUUAGUAGUUACCGUUAUUCGUUAUCGUCUUGAACCAGAUUUGUCAUCACAAUUUAUCGUUUGUUUUUAUUUGUCGUGUGCAGUUGCCAGUUUGAUGAUUGCCGUUUGCCGUUUAUCGAGUUUUGCAUUGUUGUGUUAGGUCUGUGUACAUCCAAUAUCGUAAUUUCCCGAUAAUAAUAAUAUUGAAAACUUAUUUUAAAACUAAUUAAUUUGUACCAAUAUAUUUUGUUUUAUUUUUACGAUUAGUGUUUCAAACGGCGAUGGUUCUGUAAUUUCAGUGCUCGUAGAAAUAAACCAAUAACAAAUGAGUUCUGGAGCCCCUCCGAUGGAUGGAGUCUCGUUCUCCGGGAAUACCGGGGAGAAAAUACCAUUGAUGAAUUGCCGUCGUCAAGUCAUCGAUUACUUCGCACGGGUAUUUGGUAACUCGAGUACCCACUCCGAAGACACAAACAAAGAUGGGUACGUCGAAUUUGGCAAUAUUGGCGAGGCGACAAGUAGCCGUACCCUAGGAAUGUUUGCAGGAGUAUUUGCCCCUGUUUGUUUGUCAAUGUUCAGCGCCAUGCUGUUCCUGCGAGUGGGUAUGGUAACGCAUAAAUGUAUGAUUUUAAUUUUUAACAAAUACCUACUAAAAUGUUGACAACAUUUUCUGUUCCGUUUAUAUUGUUUAGGAUUCGUUGUUGGAAAUGCUGGCCUCAUUGAAACAUUGAUUCAAUUCGCUAUCGCCUAUAUAAUCAUUGUUUUCACCGUUAUGUCUGUUUGUGCUAUAUCAACCAAUGGUGCCGUGGAAGGAGGUGGUGCUUAUUGUAUCCUUUGGCGUGUUUUUAUAACUAACUUGUUAAAAUAAUUUAGUAUCCUUGUAUUAUAAUUAUUUCCUUAUCUUAACUAAUAGUUAUGAUUAGUAGAACAUUGGGUCCGGAACUUGGAGGAUCAAUAGGAACAUUAUUUUUUUUGGCAAAUAUCGUUAGUAGUGCUCUCUGUCUCACUGGUUGUGUAGAAGGACUUAUCGACAAUUUCGGAGUAUCUGGUAAGGUCACUUUUAAUAAAUAUUGUAGAUGUAGGAUCAACUAUGAAUACUUUUUACAAAGUGAAAUAUAGUAUUUGUUAUACUAUAUUUCAUUAUAUAGUUGAUUUUUAAAUUCAUAAAUUCAUUUUACAUAGGUACCUAUAAUAUCAUUCGAUAAUAAUUUUAUCCACAUAUUACUAUUAUGGAACAUAUGGCAUCAGUAUGAUUUAUUAUUUUGUAUAUGAUUUUAGGUUACUUAAUGCCAAAAGGUACUUACAUUUUAGAAGAUGGUCAUUGGUGGAGAUUAAUGUAUACAUCAUCAUUGAACUUUCUAAACUUACUAAUCUGCCUAAUUGGUGCAUCAUUAUUUGCAAAAACUACUGUAAUCAUAUUUGUUAUAGUUGUAAUAUGCCUACUUUCAUCAUUUCUAAGUUUUUUUAUACAAUCUUCAUUGCAAGUAAGAUAAAAACUUUAAAAAAAUCUAUUUUUACAUAAAUUGAAUGUAUUAUUAUUUUUUUUUUUUUUUAAAUUUUAGGUGCCCGGAAAUACUCCCAUGAAUCAAACAAAUGAAACAGUUUUAUUAAAUUACACUUAUACUGGCUUUAGUUUGAAUACUUUAACAGCAAAUUUAGGUCCUGAUUUUGGUAUUGACUAUACAUCAGGUAAUGUUGCAGUUACCUUUUCAUCAGCGUUUGGUGUACUUUUUUGUGGUGUAACUGGAAUUAUGGCUGGGGCAAAUAUGUCUGGUAAAAAAUAAAAAUUGUUUAAAUAUUAAAAUUACAGAUUUAUAAUAUUUCCAUAUUUUUUUUUAGGUAAUUUGAAGAAUCCUUCUAAAAGCAUACCUCAAGGAACCCUAGGUGGAGUACUGUUUACUUUCAUAUCUUACAUUAGUUUAUCUAUCCUUGUUGCUGCUACAUGUUCACGGGAUUUGCUUCAAAAGAAUUACGUGUUCCUAAUGCCUAUUAAUAUUUGGCCUCCUUUUAUUUCAAUUGGUAUAUUGACUGCUACAUUUUCAGCUAGUCUUAGCUGUUUGAUCGGUGCUAGUAGAGUGCUCGAAGCAUUAUCAAAAGACUGUAUUUAUGGUAAGACUAAAAGAAAUAUUCAUAUUAUUUUACAUCAAACUAAAAUAUUUGAUUAUGUAUCAACAUUUAUUAUAUCAAUGAUUAAACAAUUCAUAAUUUAUUUAAAUAGGAUUGAACAAUAUUUACUAAAUAAUAUAAAACUUAUAUUUUAUUUUUAGGUAGUUUAUUACAAUUUGUUAACUAUGGAGUCUGGCGUUCCAAUCCUAUUGCAGCAGUAAUUUUCUCGUGGGUAUUAGUACAAAUGAUUUUGUUUAUUGGAUCACUCAACACAAUUGCUCAGCUCAACUCCAUUCUAUUCUUAUUGGCAUAUGUAGCACUUAAUUUGACCUGUCUCGGUUUGGAACUUACUUCAGCACCUAAUUUUAGGUAUGAACUCAGUUUAUAUUUAUUAACAUAAUAAUUUUAACUAGUUAUGCAAAUAUGAAUGCAUAAAAUAAUUACAAAAUAUAAUUUAAUUUUAUAUUCUGUAGGCCGUCUUUCAAGUAUUUUUCAUCAUGGACCUGUUCAUUAGGUUUAAUAGGAAGUGUUAUAAUGAUGUUUGUCAUAAAUCCGUUCUAUGCCUCUACCAGUUUCGGCCUAUGUUUAUUACUUAUACUUUUAUUACACUUUUUUUCACCAUGCAAGGCAUCUGAAUGGGGAUCAAUAUCUCAAGCUUUAAUAUUUCAUCAGGUAUGAUUAUUUUACUUGGACCACCCAAGAUAAGUUUAAAUCUGCACAACUAUUGAUCAUAACAUGAUUACAGGUGCGUAAGUAUCUAUUGUUGUUAGAUUCAAGAAAAAGCCAUGUGAAAUUUUGGAGACCUCAAAUGUUGUUAAUGAUUGCUAAUCCUCGGUCAUCUUGUCCCAGUAUAACUUUCAUUAAUGAUCUCAAAAAAAGUGGUUUAUUUGUAUUGGGACAUGUUAAGGUCGGUGAGGUAGAAGGCAAUUUAGAUUAUACAGACAAAAACAUAUCGCCCUGGCUAACUCUUGUGGAUCACGUGAAAGUAAUAACUACAUGGCUACAUACAAAUAUAUUUUAGUGAUUGAAUUUUUCUUAAUCGUAAGAAUUAUGUUUCAUUAUUAUAGGUAAAAGCUUUCAUUGAACUGACCGUGGCAAAAAGCGUACGGGAAGGAAUGCAUCAUCUUAUAAGGAUAUCGGGUAUGGGUGCAAUGAAGCCUAACACAGUUGUACUCGGGUUCUAUGAUGACAAAAUGCCACUCGAUUAUUUUAAUAGGUAUGUAAGCUAAUUAUAAUAAUAAAACUAAAAAGAAAAAUAAUUGAAUACAUUUAAUUGGUAUUAUAAUAGGUUGGAUUCACAUUAUAAAACUACUUUAUUCCAAGGAAUAAGCUCUAACGAAGAGAAAUUUCCUUUGAGACCAAAAAACAAAAAAGACUUAUCCCCAUCUGAAUUUGUAUCUAUGAUCUGCGAUGUAUUUUUGAUGCACAAGAAUGUGUGCAUUUGUCGACAUUUUGAUUUGUAUAACAAAAACGAUAUCAUUAAGUAUGAUUAUAUUAUUAAUUUAUUGUUUGAACUGUUUUUUUUUUUUUUUUUUUUUAUCAUUAAAUAACUAUUUCAUUUUUAGAAACAACAAGUACAAAUACAUUGAUGUUUGGCCUGUCAACUUCUUUGAUCCUUCAAUGAAUGAUGCAUAUGACACCAGCAGUUUGUUUAUGUUACAGUUAUCCUGUAUUAUCAAAAUGAUUGCAGUAUAUAAAAAAUAUAAGUUAAGAGUCCAUUUGCUUAACACUAUGGAUAUUCAAAGUCAGCGAGUACAAUUAAAACAACUAUUGUCUUCUCUUAGAAUUAAAGCUACAAUUCAUGAGGUACAUAUCAUGGAAUUUAAUUUUAAACAUUUUUCAUCUCAAUUGUUUUUUUUACACUAGGUUCAAAAUUGGUCUCAAAUUAAUAAUGAUAGUGACAAAAAUGUGUACAUCUCGAGGUAAUUGUUAAAUUUAAGUUGUUUGUGGUUAAUUUGAAUCAAUAUAUAAAGAUUAUUAUAAUUUAUUUAUUUUAUUUAAUGUUCUUGUUUAGGGUGAAUCAACUGAUUAGAGACCAUUGUGCUGAAACAGUUAUAUGUUUUGUUUAUUUACCAAUACCAAAAGAAUUGCAUGGAUCUGAUUUACAAAAUGUUAGUUAUUUAAAUACACUUACUGAUCUGACCAAUAAUCUACCACCUACAAUUCUUGUACAUGGUGUGAGCCCAGUGACAUCUACGACCUUAUAAAAAAUCUAUUUACACUAUUUAUACUCGAAUUAACCAAAAAUUAAUUAUGUUAAAAAUUUAAAUAAUUAUUGUAUCUGUUAAUUUUACUGAUUCCAUAAAAUAUA